UGAGAAGAAUGAGAUAGGAUAAUAUUGUCUGGAUAUUGAGGUGGUGGUGAGGGAGGUGACAGUAGCCAUCAUGUCGGUCAACACCUCACACGCCGGAAAGGGUGUUCUUAUUUACGCAGGAGAAUGCAUAAUCUUGUUCUGCGAUCACGUGACAAUGGAGUUUGGUGGAGCGCUGCCACCCGAGAUGAAGGGAAAUAAGACCGGCCGCCUCUACUUAACGUCUCACCGAGUCAUCUUCAACAACAAGGAUGCAAAGGAUCGCCUCCAGUCUUUUGCAGCACCGUUCUUCUCACUGAAGGAGUCGGAGGUGGAGCUGGAGCAGCCAGUGUUUGGUGCCAACUACAUCAAGGGAACAGUGGUUGCACAGCCGAAUGGUGGUUGGAAUGGACAAGCCAAGUUCAAGCUGACAUUCAAACAUGGUGGAGCAAUCGAGUUUGGCCAGGCUCUGCUGAAAGUGGCCUCUCUUGCCACUCGUAACAUGGACAAUGGCUACCGUGAUGCUCCUCCACCAUACUCCCAGCCAUCGGCUACCUGGGCUCAGGCUCCUCCCCCAGCCUACGCUCCACCCACUGGUGGCUAUUACGGCUGGGUGCCACCAGUCAACACCUUCCCUGACCGCCCUCCAGCGGACGGUGUCUUCAUGUACGAGGCUCCUCCCCCAUACCCCGGGAUAGGUGGACACAAUGGCUACACCAAUGCUACAGGUGCCACGGGCAUGUCUGCUGCAGAUGCUAAGGCUCAGGAGGCGGCCCAGAGCGCUUACUAUGACCCCAACAAUCCCCAGUAUGCCUACGUACCUCCACCAGCCUAUUCCGAGUCACCACCUUCUUACGAUGUCGCCACUAAGAAAAACCACUGAAGGGGGGUAGCACGGUGUUCUUUCUUCACUGUGAGAUCUAUCGACAGUUGCUGCUAAACUCUUGAUCCUGCAAAAAGCUAUUCAUAGUCAUAUCAAUCUUGUCAUUAUAACCCAAGUAUGUAUUUAUCAAACAUUUUUUCUCUUUUUUUUUCUUAAUUGUGAGUUGUCUCCAUUCUUGAAGCAUUUUGUAGACCAGAGGUGUUUAAAAACUUCACUUUCUGGAGAGGCUGUAAGAACAUUGUGUAGUGUAUUCUAUUAGGAGUAAUUAUAUGAACUAAUAUACUACUAAUAUUAAAGAGUCAUCAUAUGGAAGUGUAGAGGAAAUGGUGUUGGGUAAGGUGCUAACAGUAAGGAAUAAUACCAAGACAUUGUAUUUUAAUCCUGGCUUACCGUCUAUAAAUUUUUUGUACUGAUACCAAGUGAAAGUUUGAAUAGGGAAUAUCUUGGCGUCAGGUGAUUUUUGACACUGUCGAUACUCACUACUCUUUAAAAAUACGUAUGACAACAUUUAAUGCAUUUACUCUAGGGUUAAUGACACACAUAUUCUUAACUCUAACUUCUCCUCUAUUAAAAUCAUGUUUACUGUUCCAUUUGUGUAUAAGAAAUGGCCAUUAUGAAGACUAGCUUGAUGAAGUACUGCUUGAAAAUAUCCCUCACAUUAUGUAUAUGAGAAUUGGCACUGUGUUUAGAAGAGUUUUAUUCAAUUUACCUUGAAUCACUGUACUUUUUUUCCCUGGUAGUCGAUGAACACGAGUGUUUCAGCUCAAUACGAAGCAUAAAAGUUAAAUUAUUAAAUGUUACUGGUAGACAAAAUCAGAAGGUAAUUGCAAGUUAACAUAGAUGAUUGUUAACUCUCUCUUCACCUUCUGUAUUGAUGUCAACAGGUUCAUUAUAAAAGUUAGUCACUGGCUUAAGAUCAUUGGCGAGUUACUUUGUGCAGCGGGUCAGUGCAACUUACCAUCAAAGCUCUCGUGGUAUAUAUUUGUGCCUGUUCUCAAUAUACAGUAAUGUGUGAAUUGGGUUUCAAGGUUUCUAGUUUUUCUUGUUUGAGCUCACUAAAUAGGUUAAUGAUAAGAGGCUAUUAUGAGAAUGAUCUAAGAAUAUUAUGCAGAAUAGCUUACAAGGUGUGUUUGGUGGCCACCUUUGUUAGAGAAUUGUGUGACUUGUGAGGUGUUGGCUGUUUCUUACCAUAAAGUUGUAUUAAGUGUACAUUAUAAUAAAGGGUAACUUAUUUUAGGCUCUUAACUAGUAUGAGUAUUGCAUAGCCACUUAUGACUUUGAUAUUUAUAUUUAUGGUAAAGUAAAUGCAUGGAAACACUCCUUUGCUUAGAGAAUUCCUAAGUAUUUUCCAAGUGGGAAAUACUGUAAGGUUCAUGAAUCUAAUGCCUGGAAAGAAGAGUACCAAGGAGCUAUUGUCAAGUAUUGAGUGUGCAUCAGUAGUACACAAGCAAUUUGUGCACCAAUCCCACAGUUGUUACUUAUAGUUGUGAAUUGUUUUUGAUAGAUCUAGCACAUCUCCACCACAACAUUCUUUCACACUUUAGAGAAUGUUUGACAUUCCUAGGAUAAAAUAUGAUUGCUGGACAGAGGAUAAAUGGAAUACAUUACACUUUAAUUGAUGACGAAUUUCAUUGUAUGUUAAGGGAAGGUUGUGCAGGAGGCUGUCCUCUUGAUGAAGCAAGUGAAGGUUGUUUUGUAUUUCUUUGGGGUAAUUUUGUAAACUAUUCUCCUAAAGCUUAAUUAUUUUCCACAUUUUUAUCGGAAACAAAACCUGCCAGGCAGCAAUUGCAUGACGUAAAUAAGAUGAUAAUGUAGGUAUAAGCCAGGUUAAGGUCAGAGGUCUUAUUCUGCUGACAGUUUUGUACAUCAUUAUGUUUAAGUCAUUUUAUAAUUGUUCAUCUGAAGAUGUCCUCAGACCCGGUUGUACUUUACUCCUUUUGUUGUUUAUUUUCCUAUUUUAAGGGUAUUAUGUACUGUAUUUAGCUUCCAAUGAUGGACUCUGCUAUACAUUAUUUAUGUUUUGUGUUUUCUUGUGAUAGAUCUUCGGUAUUUUCUUGAUUUGAUUCUCGUCACUUGUUGAUAUUUUCUUCUCCGGAAGGUUUCUUUAUCGAGUUAUUUGCUGUCAUAAGCUGCAUUAUAAAAGUGAAAUGAUAUGUUUAGAUUGUUUAGCAAUGUUGGCAGUAUUGAUGUGGGUAAUAAACAUUUGGUAGAGUAGAUUUUUUUUUUCAGUUUUGGAUGUGGGCCACUGUACUGUAGUGUGUAACUCAGAUCUGACAAAGCUGAAGGUCUUAGAUCAAGCCAGCCACAUGUUUUGGUGGGAAGUUCUAAGUUUUAGAUAUUUUGGUUUUAUAUCAAAGUCAUGCAGCAUUGUUCACAUAACUUGAUCACUUUUUAAAAGGACACAAAUGUUUAUGGCCCCUCAAUCAUUGACUCGUCUGUCACAGAGGUGGUGAUAAGAUUCCCACCAGGUUUUAGCAUGGAAGCCCUAAAUUGAAUGUUGUUGUUUUGGGGAAACUUAAGUAUAGAUUGAAAGAGUAGUUUAUUAAGUUAUUCAGUGAUUGUAUUCUCCAUCAGCAUUAGUGAGUAGCAGCCUUAAUGCCAGUUGGAGAGAACCCUCAGCUGAUGUAGUGAUACUAACUGCUCUUGUAACUUUUUGUUGUGAUUCUACCAAACAUUCUUUUCUCAUAUCUCUAAGUUUUCUUUACUGUACUUGUGAGUAGAUAUUGUAAGAUAACCCAUUUUGUUACGACGAAAAUUCAUAUAUUUUGUGAUUAUAUACAUAUAAAUAUAUAUAUAUAUAUAAAUAUAUCCAAUAAAUGUCAUGUAACACA